CUCGGAUGAUAUAACUAAACUAAGCUUUACGAAUGCCCCGAACUCUCUCCACUUCCUCCACCGCCCCGCCUUUUGGCGGCGGAAUAAUAAAUACCUACUCUCACCCGCCCAUUCUAGGUAUCCUCUUCCUUAUAGUAUUUCUUCAAUUCGUUGAGACAUUUUACUCGGCAGUUGGUUAGUUUGUUAGUAGUUAAUCUGCUAUCUAUCUACCUAUUUAUAUAAAAAUUCCUUGUACUGUACCAUGACCUCUGCUUUUCCUCCGCCACCAGUCGACUCGAUCGACUGGAAUAACGUCGGCUUCAAAGUCCGCGAAGUCAACGGUCAUGUCGAAUCGCACUUCUCCCACUCCUCCAGCCCGCAAUGGAGCCCCCCGCGCUUCGUCGCAUCCCCCUUCCUCCCAAUCCACGGCAUGGCCCCAGGCCUAAACUACGGCCAACAAGCCUACGAAGGCAUGAAAGCCUUCCGCCACGCACCCUCCUCCUCCUCCCCCUCCGCCCACGGGCGCAUAACCAUCUUCCGCCCCCAGAAAAAUGCCGUGCGCAUGCAGCACUCCGCCGAAUUCAUCUCCAUCCCUCCAGUGCCCAAGGAGCACUUCAUCGAAUGCGUCCGCCUCGCCGUCGCGGCCAAUGCUGAAUUCGUACCCCCGCACUCCACGGGCGCAGCGAUGUAUAUCCGGCCCCUCAUCUUCGGCUCCUCCGCCCAGCUCGGCCUCUCCCCGCCGGACGAAUACACAUUUGUCGUCUUCGUUAUGCCCACGGGCGUCUACCACGGCGUGCAUGCCGUCGACGCGCUGAUCCUCGAGGACUUUGACCGCUCUGCACCCGACGGGACGGGCUCCGCCAAGGUCGGUGGCAACUAUGCGCCCGUCCUGCGGCAUAGUGACCGAGCACGUGCGGAGGGGUACGGCAUCACGCUACACUUGGACAGCAAGACGCGCACGGAGAUCGAUGAGUUCUCGACCUCUGCGUUCAUCGGCGUGCGGAGGGAUAAAGGGACGGGCACCAUCACGCUGGUGUUGCCGGAUAGCAAGAACGUGAUUGAUUCGGUGACGGCGUCGUCUGUGUGUGAGAUUGGGGCGAAGAUGUUUGGCUACAAGGUCGAGCGUCGGCGGGUUGGGUAUGAGGAGCUUGUGGAGUUCGACGAGGUCAUGGCGGCGGGGACGGCGGCGGCGCUUGUGCCGAUUAAGAGCAUUACGAUGAAGUCGAAGAAUGAUAAGUUCACUUUCAAUUCUGGCGAGGGCGAUGAGGGUGGCGAGAUCUGUAGGAAAUUGCUGAAGACGCUCAAGGGGAUCCAAACCGGGGAUAUUUUGGAUGACUUUGGCUGGCUGGUUGAUAUCGAGCCUGUGCCUCAGGGAUGGAUGGAGGAGGCCAUAGGGAAAUAAAUUACGAUGCUAAUUUCCCUUAGUUUCACGGUAAUUUCGGCCUUGGUGGUUGUGUUUCGUCUGGGUGGAGUGACAAAACAACACGAAUUUGAGAUUUUGGUACCUUUUAAUUUAAUUACCAGUUAGAGAAAAGUGGGAGUACGAAAUACUAUUUUUACAUGCCGGGCUUACCAAUGAUGAACGAGAAAUGAAAACCCAACUUUCGAAUAACUAACAGCUUAAGCCGGAUGUAUUUUUUGGAACCAUGUGCCGCGAUCUGGUUUUGCAAUUUUGCAUGAAGUUAUUUACCUCCCUACCUACAUAUAUUCUUCAAAUGAACUAACUAGCUAAUUCAAUAGCUAUCAAAUCAACUUGACGUAGAACAACUAUCAUACACAAACCACAUAGAAAGAGAAAGGGAGUAGUAGAACAAACGAAAUCGCCUACGUAGGUCUUCCUAUGCAGGCUCCAGAAUUGGGAGACGCAAA